AUGCAGAGACUGGCGGAUUUACCGGACGAAAUUCUGCUCCUUAUAUUUGCUGGAUUAGAAAGCGCCCGAGACCUUCGAGCCCUUGCGCUCUCGUGCCGAAAGCUUCAUCAUCUUGUGCAGAUCGAAGGAUGGCGUGUCUUCGUCAGGCACAGAUUUCCAUCCCUCUCUUUUUCUAGCGCGGUCACAGGGGGCUACACUUGGCAGCAGGUGGCAGAAUCAAUUACUUGGCAGAGUCGUUGCUGGGACAGGCGGUCCCUUCAGUUUCAGGCAAUAGUUCCUAAUAUUGGACUUCGGAGGGAUGGGCGACUACCAGGGGGGAGUAAAGGUUUAUUCCAAUCUGUUGUCGAUGCCCAUUUUGACCCGAGCACCCAGGAAGAGCUUCUGGUAUGGGGUGCCGGGGAGGAUGUUAUCGCCCGAUUUCGCCAACGCAGGGGGCGUGGCCGAACUUCCCAAACAUCAUGGCACCGAUCCGACGGCAAGGAGCUCGGUUUCAAAGUCGGUUAUGACGAUAUCAAGGCGUUGAAGGUUGUCGAGCAUGUCACUGGACGAGCCAUAAUUACUGGUCGCGACAACGGUCAACUAUCUCUCCUCUCCGUGGAGCCUGCUAGGUUCGGCCACCGCCUUGCCCAGUUUGUGCCUUCCUCUACACCAACAUCCGGAUUAGACAACACGUCCCAACAGACAGUUGAGCAGGAGACGAUCAAUUCUCUAGAUGUUCUCGAGAGCGCCUCGGGGAACCUUAUAGCGGCUGCCACCAAGUCAGUUGUGAGGGUGUAUGGCUUACCAGAAGAGGACGCCUCUGAGGUGACCCCUUUGAACACUUACGACCUGAGAAACAGCGUCUUUACAUCCAGCUCGGCGAGGCUGUGCCACGCGAAAUGGAUGGAAGGGGGCAAGUCACUGGCGCUGGCACUCACUGGGUGUAGCGAUCCCCUCCGCUACCUUGAGCUGACUCCUUCCGGAUGGACUCAUCACACGGCUGCAAAGAACGUGGAUCUCGAACGGCAGUUUGAUAUCAAAUUUGACAGGACUAUCUGCCCAAACUCCUUGGAGCCCGUAUACAGACAUGGAGGGUCGAGAGGGGGCACGAGUCUGCUUCUUAGCGCCUGGCGAGAUGUUGGACUAAUAAUUUGCUACAGGCUUCAAGACCUCCGCACCCCAUCCCCGUUCGAUGCUGUCUAUCAAGACAAUGUUGACCCGUGGUCCGACGCCGAAGCGCUCAUGGCCUAUGGCACGGAACGGUUUGUGGUAGGGGGCGGGCAAGGUGUGACUGUCAAGGUUUUUGACUUUCGGUGGACAAAACGCUACUAUCACACCUCGGGACUCUCCUGUCUCGACAGAACACCGUUUCCGCCGCCUCACCAGCCCUUUUUGAGGCCACCAACAACUGAACUGAGAGGUCGUGCACUUUGCGACCACGCCAGGGGCCUGUCCUGCCACUGGCAUGACUUGUCGCGGCGCGUUUAUUACCGGCCCAAUUCCAAGUACUUCCUCGCCAACUCGCUCAGGGCUUUCAGUGGCAGCAGCAUAUGGUCCAUGGCCAAAGCGACCGACAUGUCGCCAAACUUUUAUAUCGGAAUCUCUGGCGGGGUCAUCGAAGCCAACCUGGAGCCGUGUCCUGACACAUACCCACCCGAUACAGCCACAGCUGACCCCAAUUUCGGUUUUGAGGACUGGCGGGCGGCAGCACCACCUGAGAGCGGCUACAAGAGCAGAGCGCUCAUCCCCUCGAUGAUGGAGAUAGGCGACGGAUAUGCUUUCAAGGGAAACGACAGAUCAAUCGUUCUCCCGCGCCUGCUUACGUUUCAAGGACCGCGAGACUGGAGCGAAUCUAAUGGCGAUUUGAGAAAGCACCACAGACUCGAUAUCGGUUACCAGGAUGUUACGAAGGAAGCAAAGUCGUCAAUGCCUGAUGUCAGCUUGGUGUCUCAGAAUCCCUGGUACCGAUUGCAAUCAUAA